AGGCUGUUUCCCUGACGGACACGCCCCACGUUCAGCUGGUUCAUUCACAUCAGCUGAUUCUAACUCGAUCAAAACAAGAUGAGGACGCUGUUUUUGUUGCUGCUCUGCUGUCACGUUGCAUCUGCAGUGAAACACUCCCUGAAAUACUUCCUCACUGCGUCCUCUGGGAUCCCAGACUUCCCAGAGUUUGUGGGCGCUGCGGUGGUUGAUGAAGUUCAGGUGGGUUACUGUGACAGCAACAUCAAGACGGCUGAACCCAAACAAGACUGGAUGAAAAAGUUAAUUAAGAAUGACCCACAACACUUGGAGUGGUAUACUCUAAAAUGUUUCGGAAACCAGCAGGUCUUCAGAGCCAACAUUGACAGCUUGAAGGAGCGCCUAAACCAGACUGGAGGUACCCACAUUUUACAGAGAAUGAAUGGCUGUGAAUGGGAUGACGAGACUGGAGAGGUCAUUGGUUUUAAUCAGUACGGUUACAACGGAGAAGACUUCAUAGCACUGGACCUGCAGACACUGACAUGGACAGCUCCAAAGCCACAGGCCUUCAUUACCAAACUGAGAUGGGAUACAGAAAAAGCAAGAUUAGAAUACAACAGAAACUACUACAUCCACAAAUGCCCUGACUGGCUGAAAAAAUAUGUGCACUAUGGGAAGAGCUUUCUGCAGAAAACAGUCCUCCCCUCAGUGUCGCUCCUCCAGAAGACCCCCUCCUCUCCAGUCAGCUGCCACGCUACAGGUUUCUACCCAAACAGAGCCGACAUGUUCUGGAGGAAAGAUGGAGAGGAGCUUCAUGAGGACGUGGAGAAAGGAGAGAUCCUCCCCAACAACGACGGGACCUUCCAGAUGAGUGUUGAUCUGUAUCUUUCAUCAAUCACACCUGAAGACUGGAGCAGAUACGACUGUGUUUUUCAGCUCUCUGGAGUGAAGGACGAUGUUGUCACCAAACUGGACAAAGCAGUGAUCAGGACCAACUGGGCUCCUCCCUCAGAGUUUCCCACUGCUGCUGUCAUCGGAGCUGUUGUUCUGCUGCUGAUCUUAGCUGCCUGUAUCACUGGAUACUUCAUCUGGAGGAGAGACAAUGGGUUGAUCUAGCUAAUAACAGGGAGCAGCAGCAAACAUUAGAAGAGGAGACUGAACUUCACUGAAUGAGGAAACAAUAAAAUCACCACAUUUUACCAGGUGGGAUUUUCUCCUUCAGAAAAGCAACUGGAGAGAACUGAAGCUGUCGACUGGGCUUGUGCUCUAUGUCGAUACAAAUGACAUAGAGCCCAUUUUAACUGUCAGAGCUGGUGGCUGCCUCUGGUGGAUCAGGAAAGAGGUGACGUCACUUCCAGCAAACUGUUUGGCCGUCAGUCCCAGUGAAUGGGACUCUGACCCACCAGCAUGUUCCUGGUGGUACCAGGGACAGCACUCUGGACAGUGCUCAUGAGAGUCUGUUGCUGUGGCAGAAAUGCUGCACUCUCCCAGUUAUUAUUAGAACCAAAGUGUUUGAAGCAACAACGUUAAACAUCUGUGCUUUCAUAUUGAUUUCUUUUAAUAAUGGUGCAUUGUCUUUCAGAGAAGACUGUUCAGCUGCUGUUAUGCUCACCUUAUUUUGUUGCUUUUAUUACUGUUC